AAGAGAUAGGUAAAAAUGUUGAUAUUAUCGUUAUUCUAAUUCGUUUUUAUUGAAAUUUACUCAUCCGUCAUAUUUAAAAACAAUUUUCUUUAGAAAACAUUUAAAUAUGGCGACAUUAAAGAUGUGAAGGUUUAUAAGUGUGUAUAUCUACUGUGUGACCGGAAUUUAUAACUAGAUAAAAACAUUGUCAAUCAAUUCAGUGAAAAAUGGAGGAAAAUGAACAUUACGGUACAGAAAGAGUGAUAAAAAUCAGAAAAUUCAAAGGAGGCAAGAGAAGAGUACAAACAUCCAACAAAGCAAUAGACUUCAAAUGGAGUUCACAUUCUUAUACUUUGAAUCAUAUUACAAAUAACUUUCGACUUCCUUGUGCCGUCAAGUGCAGUGUCGAGUCCUGUAGUCUAGAUUGGAAUCUUUUACAUUUUGACCUAUCCCAGCCUUUGUUGCUUCACAGUCACAGAGCAGCAAAGAAGGUGAAAGCGGCUGUGAUGAAACUAGACUCCGAGAAAGGAGAACUGCAGGAGACUGGCAGACAUGUUGUUAUACCACAGGACUAUAAUGGUUGGUUUACUUUAUUGAAUGAUCCUAAAGAGAAGUACCUACCAGAUACCACGCUAGAAUCAGUGGCUCAAAAGGACACAGACCAAGUUUUGGUAGCAAACAGUAUCAGUUGUUUGUGUUUAACAGACAGUGAACAAGGAGAAAAACAGUCAGUAAGAAAACAAAUAUCUUCUGGUGAAAUUCUACAAAUAAAACGAACGGAUGUUGCGGGAUCUUUAACGAGGAGAUCCCCGCCUUCCAAAUAUUUAGUUUGCACAGACGAAAAAGACAAGGACAUUUAUUUACCGAUAUCACAAAAUGGAAAAUUUUACAAAGUGAACAAAUUGGUAACAAAUGAUGGAUUAUUUCAAAUUAAAGACGUCUUAGACGAUCGAUCUCAUUUACCAAUGAACAUUCGACAUGUGAUAGGAGAAGUCCCAUUAUUUUCUUCUGAAUAUUCCAGUUACCUAAAAUGCGAUGACAUUAUUGAGGAAGAAACAGCACUUGCCUCAUCAAUGGAUGACGAUUUAUUACUUCUUGAAUUACAAAUCAAAACUCCUAUGAAAUUCUACAUUGCUUUAAACGAAGCUGUUAUGAAGCAGAGUGACUUUUAUUCAGAUGCAUUUCAAAACUGUGAAACGGAAGGUGAAGACUAUAUUCGGGGAAUAAAAUUUUCAUUCACGCUAUCCCCGGAGUCGUACUCUGUGUGUAAUUCCCUCCGUUCGCUGCACGACGAUGAUUCUAUGACGGAAUCUUACUAUGGCACUGACAGUGACUUGGAAGAAGAAGAUGCACAAUCUGAAUUUUCGAUAAAAUGGGAUCCAACAAACACGGGACAUUCUGAAAAAGCAGAAAUAAAGCACGUGCCUAAAAUAUUUAACAGCAGUAUUAACUGUCCAAAGACUGAAGACAAUGUGCGGCAAUGGAACGAAGAACCUGAAACGGUGUAAACAUGAUUUGAAUAAACUUCUGUUUACUCUUCUGAUUUAUAGAUAAAGCUAUACUUUUGGUCUCUAGCAUACUUGAUGAAAUUUCUUUAAGAAACACGUACGCUUAUAUAACACACAAAAACACAUACACAUUCAAAGGAAAAUCCCCUCUUGAUUUUUAUACUGACUAAGAAUUUAUUUUAAAGAUGUAAUCUUUUUAAACAGAACAGUACUUGUAUUUAUAAUGCAUUUUGAUUUCUUUUAAUUCAUCAAGGAUUUGAUCAUCCUGCAAUAUGUAUAUAUUAUUUAUAAUAAAAUGUACCAUGUCACGGGGGGAAAAUCCAUUUGAAUUAGAUCUUUGGCAUGAGAAUUAUCGAUGUACGAAUAAUAAUUAAAACUACAAGACAGAAUUAAAAUGCAUUAACCAUGA